AGUUUGUUUUCAUUUGGCGCGAAGAAAAAGUGAAAAACAGCUCCUCAACUCGGACACUCACUGCUGGUUUCUGGACAAAGAAUGAGCAGGAGAAGGUCUGCAAAGAGUAUCUCUGGCUUAAAGGAUGCCACUGAAUCCCGUAAACCCACUGGAGGAGGAGGAGGGAAGAGAAAACAAAAGAAAGGACCAAAAGAGAACCCGAUGCCACUAGCACCACUACAGGCUCAUUGUAGCAAUCCCAGUGUUCUAGUUGGAGGAAGCAAAACUCCAAAGCGACAGCAACAGAUUGCAAAGAAGACGGACCGCAUAGCAAGAUCAAUGUCACCUUUUCUACCAGAAAUACCAGUGACUGUAAAUAAAGAAGGAGUUUUUGAGAUAGAGAGAGUUCCACAGGAGACUAGUGCCACACAGACGGAGCCAAUAAAAACAGUUGAAAAGGGUACUCAAACUGAUGAGCUUCCUGAUAGAACUGAACCACAGCCUGAAAGCAUAGACUAUCAGCUGUGCUGUAGUGAUCCACCUCCUUCAGUUUAUUGGGAGGUAAUGGCAGAAAAGAGAAGAGUUGCAUUGAAGGAAACUAUAGAAGAAAACGAAAGACUAUGGCAAGAGAUUGAGGCUUUAAGAGAAGAGGUCAAAGAAGGAGAGAGACAGCGUAACAAUGCACUGUAUUUCCAGUUUAUGUACAGACUUGUCGCUGAAGAAACAAAGAAUGUAUCAUAAACUGAACAUAUACACACGCACCUUGUCAACCAAAUUGCAAUUGUUAAUUUAUUAUUAUUAUUGUU